UUUUCUGCUCGCGGUCAGACCACAGCGAUGCUCCCCACCUGCGACUGUUUUUAUUUCUCAAGCAAAUCCAUCAUGCUUCUGUCAUAAUUCUGUCAAAAUCCGCUUUUUCUCAUCAAUGGUCGCGACAUGGCGAGCUCUUUUCACCGGCCUUCAGCUCAGGCGGCCACAGAGAAGGAGCGUCUGCUGACUCCUGUGAUGGGCUAUGGCUCCGGGGACCUGAAUGGCGGGCCCCUGGACCUGUUCAGUUUGGGCUCUCAGCAGCAGCAGCAAGAUGAGGAGGAGGCCCUCAGGAGGAAGCUGAAGUACUUCUUCAUGAGCCCCUGUGAUAAAUAUCACGCUAAAGGCCGCAAACCCUUCAAACUGGCCCUUCAGCUGCUGAAGAUCAUCAUAGUCACUGUACAGCUGGUGAUGUUCGGGCUCAGUAAUCAGAUGGUAGUGGCGUUUAAGGAGGAGAACACAGACUCCUUCAAGCAUCUGUUCCUCAGAGACUAUGUGGAGGAUUCGCAGGAGCCGCUGUGCCUCCACACGCAGAAACAGGUCCAUGAGCACAUCCGAUACGCCAUAGAUCAGUAUCUGAUUCUGUCCCAGACGUCUGUCGGCAGGUACGCGUAUGUUCCAGGUGUGGGUCCGAACAGCAGCGCCCUCUACCUAUGUCAGCGCUACUUCAAGAAAGGCACUAUCGACCCAGUUAACGACACGUUUGACAUCGACCCUCAUGUUAUCACUGACUGUGUUGGAGUAAAUCCUCCUGAUCCAUCAUCUCCAGUACAAGACCUCUACCCGAACAUCACCCUCAAUUUUCAGAAGCUGGUAAACGUGACCAUCCAGUUCCAGCUGAAGGCCAUAAACAUCCAGACCAUUAUAAACAAUGAGAUUCCCGACUGCUACACCUUCUCCAUCACUAUCCUGUUUGAUAAUAAGGCUCACAGUGGGAAAGUGAAGCUGAGUUUGCUCAACGAGGCGUUCAUUAAAGAGUGCAGAGACCCCAAUGUGUCUGGACACGGAGACAGUUACGCACGAGUGGCGUUCGAUGUGUUAGUGGCGGUGGUCUGCGGUCUCUCUCUUGUGCUUUGUGGACGCUCUAUCCUCAAAGGAAUCAUGCUACAACACGAGCUGGCUUGUUAUUUCCGAGUGUCUCUGGGUCGUUCGGUGAGUCUGGGUGACCGUCUGGAGUUCAUCAACGGCUGGUAUCUGCUGCUCAUCAUCAGUGACGUCCUCACCAUCAUCGCCUCCUUCAUCAAGAUCGCCAUCGAGACCAAGAAUCUGUCAUCGUAUGACGUCUGCAGCAUCCUGAUGGGAACGUCCACUCUGCUGGUGUGGGUCGGGGUCAUUCGAUACUUCAGCUUUUUUCAGAAAUAUAACAUUCUGAUCGUGACUCUACGAGCUGCAUUUCCAAACGUUAUCCGCUUCUGCUGCUGCGCUGCUGCCAUUUAUAUGGGCUACUGCUUCUGCGGCUGGAUCGUCCUGGGACCCUACCAUGCUAAAUUCCGCUCUCUGUCGACGGUGUCCGAGUGUCUGUUUUCCCUCAUCAACGGAGACGACAUGUUCGCCACAUUCUCGGAGGUGGAGCAGAGCGGGACGCUGGUGUGGGUCUUCAGCCAGAUCUACCUCUACACCUUCAUCUCGCUCUUCAUCUACAUGGUGCUGUCGCUGUUCAUCGCACUCAUCACCGGAGCCUACGACACCAUCACUCAACAAACUCAAGACGUGCCGCAAGUUUCUGAACUGCACCGCUUCAUCGCCGAAUGCACAGACACGCCCACAUCCGGAAACUUCCGCAGCCCGGAGCCGUCCACCUGCUCGCUCUUCUGCUGCUUCAGUUAGACUCUGACGGUGCGUCCCGAAUCGCACACUUCCUUACUAUAUAGUAUGUGGAAAAACAAAGUUGUAUGUCUGAAUUCAUAGUAUGUGGAAAAACAGUUGAUGAGAAGUACCCGGAUGACCUACUACUACUACUACUACAGAGAUUCUGAAGUGCGCAUGCUAUGGACACUUUACUGUCCCAUGAUGCCAUGGGAGAGGAUUUAAGAAUGGGAAUGAAGCAGGUAUGUGAUAAUGGCGGACAACAUGGUGGAUGUAGUACAUCUGAAUUCCAUUCAUGCUACUCACAUUCACACUACAUACAGGAUUCCCACUGAAUAUCUUCAUGAGAUAUAAUGGAAUGCCAUAGAAUAUUUGGAAUGCCAUGGAAUAUUUGGAAUGCCAUAGAAUAUUUGGAAUGCCAUGGAAUAUUUGGAAUGCCAUGGAAUAUUUGGAAUGCCAUAGAAUAUUUGGAAUGCCAUGGAAUAUUUGGAAUGCCAUGGAAUAUUUGGAAUGCCAUGGAAUUUUAAAAGAUCAGUUCCAAUUAUUGAAAGUCAAGGAUUUUUGAAAAUGUAUUUAUUUAUUUGUCAGGAAUAUCAGGGAUUUUUUGUAUGUCUCUUUAAGUUUUAGUGUUCAUUUAUCAAAGUGCAUUUUUUUCAGUACACUUUAUUUUAAGUUGCAUUAACUACUUAUGUAUGUACAUUUCAAUUAAUCGUUUCAAACAAUGCACUUAAGUACAUCCAUUUUUACUUUAAUUCUUAAAAUUAAUUUCAUGUAAUUACAUCUGUAAAUAACUUCUGUAUAUACAUUUACAAUUACACUUGUGGACCCAUCCCUUAUACCUUUAUCCACCCUUGAACCUACUCGUACCACCAAACCUGUCCCUAACUCUAAGUUCAAUAGCCCCAUAAGUCUUCUAAAAUACAAUAUUAACACAAUAAGUACAUUGUACUUAUUUGUAGGUGUAAGUACAUACACUGUAAAAAGUGAUUAGUUACUUAAAGCGAGUAAACCAAUUGCCUUAAAAGCAACAAGCUGACUUUACAAAAAUAAUGCAAGUAAACCCACUGUACCUAGGAACUGUUAAGUUGACUUAAUUUGUAUAAUUAAGCUUAUUGUACUCGCUUUUUUUAAAGUCAACUAAUCCCUUUUUACAGUGUCAAACUAUUUUAGCAUGUCUGUUAAUAAUAAUCCGUCAAAUAAUCACUGUAAUUGUCACAAUUUUAUAUAUUUGGUGCUUUAUGAAGUCUAUCAAAUCUACAAUUAUAGCCUGUAUUGAAUUUAGAAGACACACUGAAUACAGAA